UUCCCAACCAAAUUCAUCUUACUAAAAAGUCUUCAGUGUAACAAACAUGGCGACCACGGUCUUCUCCAAGCUCUCGAAGAUCUUCUUCCUCUUCGCCAUCUACUGCGCUCUCGAUCCCUUCAAACACAGCUCCAUCUCCAAGUACCCUGUCUUCCAGACUUACAAGAUCGACAUGCCGCCGUUGUCGUCUCUCCCCAAGGAGAGAGACCACGAGAAUCUUCUCCAGAACUCCGAGAUCAAGUUCUUAAACGAGGUUCAGGGUCCCGAGAGCAUUGCUUUCGAUCCGCUUGGCCGUGGUCCCUACACCGGCGUUGCCGACGGUCGUAUCCUCUUCUGGGAUGGCACUCGCUGGACCGAUUUUGCUUACACGUCCAACAAUCGGUCAGAACUGUGUGAUACAAAGUCUUCACUGUUGGCUUACUUAAAGAAUGAACAUAUAUGUGGACGGCCUUUGGGUCUUCGGUUCCACAAGAGAACUGGAGAUUUGUACGUUGCGGAUGCGUAUUUUGGGAUAAUGAAGGUCGGUCCUGAAGGAGGUUUGGCUACUUCACUUACAACCGAGGGAGAUGGAGUGCCUUUGAGAUUUACCAAUGAUCUUGACGUUGAUGAUGAAGGGAAUGUCUACUUUACAGACAGCAGCUCUGUUUUCCAACGAAGGAACUUCAUGCACUUGAUUGUCUCCGGGGAAGACACCGGGAGAGUGUUGAAAUACAAUCCAGAAACAAAGGAGACUACUACUCUCUUGAGAAAUCUCCAGUUCCCUAAUGGCUUAUCACUCGGCAAAGACGGUUCCUUUUUCAUAUUCUGUGAAGGAUCAAUUGGAAGAUUAAGGAAAUACUGGUUGAAAGGGGAGAAAGCAGGAACAUCAGAAGUGGUAGCUCUGUUACAUGGGUUCCCUGACAACAUCCGCACAAACAAAGACGGAGAUUUCUGGGUAGCGGUUCACUGCCACCGCAACAUAUUCACACACGUUAUGGCGCAUCACCCGAACGUGAGGAAGUUCUUUCUGAAGCUGCCAAUAACAGUCAAGUUCCAGUACUUGCUUCAGGUAGGUGGUUGGCCUCAUGCUGUUGCCGUGAAGUACAGUAAAGACGGGAAAGUGCUGAAAGUGUUGGAGGACAAGCAAGGGAAAGUGGUGAAGGCAGUUAGUGAAAUAGAGGAGAAAGAUGGGAAGCUUUGGAUGGGAAGUGUAUUGAUGUCUUUCAUUGCAGUAUAUGACUUGCCUUAGUUUUUAAAAAUAACUUGAAUUGAUUUUGCAGAUUUAUUAUACUUGCCACGAGGUUGCAACAUCUCUUUAUCGAACUCUGUUUUUGAUGCAAACAAUAAAUAAUUAUAUUAUAUAGUUUUUCAUGUA